AUUUAUAAUUAUUACUGAUUUGAAAUUUGAAAGACCCCUCGAGUCUCAUACGAAACCACCGACGAUGUUGCAGUUUCCGUCGUUCAUGACGCAGUUUCCGACGUCGACGAGGAUGAUUCCGUCGUCGCACCUCCUAGCUCCGCAGUGGCCUAAGCCGCACAGCGAGGAGUUACUCCUUGCCAUUGAGGAAUCUGAACUCGAAGAAAAGUACAAUGACAUCAGGAAGAUAAAUAGCAACCUCAUUGUGAUCGGGAAAACAUCAGUUGAGAAUGACAAAGAAGACUUUGAUGAUGAGGCUGACGAUGAUGAUGCUGACAAUGCAGAAGAGUCUGAAGGGGAUGAAUUUGAACAGGAAACUAGUUAACCUUUUACCUUCGUACCGAUCUCUUUACGUCAAACAGAUUAAGGGAAUAUCUUUACCACUGUCCCGUACUAGGUAAAGCUAUUGUCUAAUACUAAAAGAUCAUGGUUCAGUUACAUAAUAUUCAUCAUCUUUUUCUGUUAGUGUUGUGGACAUUGUUCAUCUAUAGGAAUAGCAAUGAAAAAUAAUUGCGACGCGUGUA